AUGACCAACGAAAAAGAAGACAUCCCGCCUGAGAAGGACGGGGAGUACUCGCAGAUGCCCGGCGAUGGGCUUCAACUGCAGCCCACGACCACUACGGACUCUAUGCGGUAUCCCUCUAUGACCAAACGACUGACCAUCAUGUUGUCUCUCUAUGUGGCCAUGUUCCUAGUCUCUCUGGAUCGAUUGAUCGUCGCAACCGCCACUCCGCAAAUCACCGACCACUUCCACAGUCUAGGCGAUAUCGGCUGGUACGGCAGUGCGUACAUGUUGACGGCAUCCGCCUCGCAACUCGUGUACGGCCGUCUGUACACCUUCUACCAAGCCAAAUGGGUGUUCCUCAUUUCCAUCGCCAUUUUCGAAAUCGGAUCCGCCGUGUGCGGUUCCGCUCCCUCGUCCACGGCCCUCAUUGUCGGCCGUGCCGUGGCCGGUCUAGGCACGGGAGGCAUCUCAUCCGGUAUGAUCGUCAUCAUCGUGCUCACGGUGCCUCUCCAGCAGCGGCCUCUAUUCCAGGGCUUUGCGGGCGCCAUCUUUGGCAUUUCCUCUGUGCUGGGCCCCGUCCUGGGCGGAGUUUUUACCACCGAACUCACCUGGAGAUGGUGUUUCUAUAUCAAUCUGCCAUUUGGUGGCGCAGCAAUAGUGGCCAUCUUCUUUCUGCUCGAUAUCCCGGCGCCGAAAAACUUCAACAUGCCAUUUAAAGAGCAGAUGAAGCAGCUGGAUCCGCUGGGGAACUUGUUCUUGGUUCCCAGUGUCGUCUGUCUCUUGCUGGCAUUGGAAUGGGGCGGGUCAACAUAUCCCUGGAGCAGUUGGCGUAUUAUUCUCUUGUUUGUGCUGUUCGGCGUGCUCUUCAUCAUCUUUGUGGGCACACAGAUACGGGGCCAGGAGAAGGCUCUGGUGCCGCCUCGGAUUUUCAAGCAGCGAUCCGUGCUCGCGGGUGUGAUGUGGACGAUGUGUACCAGCGGUGGCAUGAUGGUAAUGCUUUACUAUCUGCCGGUGUGGUUCCAGGCCAUCAAGAACGUGGACGCCGAGAAAUCCGGUAUCAUGAACCUGCCUCUCGUGCUAUCCAUGGUGGUGGGGUCCAUUGGAUCUGGGAUCCUAAUCACAAUUCUGGGAUACUACAACCCCUUCAUGAUCGCCUCCGCCAUCCUCAUGUCCAUCGGCGCCGGGCUACUAAGCACAUUCUCGCCUGACACCGCCCAUCCAGAAUGGAUAGGCUACCAGGUCAUCUUCGGCUUCGGCCUGGGUCUCGGCGCGCAGCAGGCCAACGUAGCCGUGCAGACCUGUCUAGCGCGCGCAGACGUACCGAUCGGCGCAUCGCUGCUGAUGUUCUCGCAGCAGCUGAAUGGUGCAGUCUGGCUCGCCGUUGCACAGACGCUCUUCUCGAACAUGCUGUCCUCGAACCUGUCCAGCGUCAAGGGAGUGGACUCCGCUCACGUCGCGAACAUCGGGGCCACGAAUCUGCGCGAGAGUGUGCCAGCUUCUUCGCUGCAGGCUGUUCUGAAGGCAUACAGCAGUGCUAUCACGAAUACUUUCUACCUGGGAGUUGCCAUGUCGUCUUUGUCGAUCUUUGCUGCUCUGGCGAUGGAAUGGAAGAGUGUCAAGCAGGCGAAAAAACCGAAGGCGGAAAGUAAAUGCUAA